CAGAGCGUCGUCUGCUGGCUGGGAGCUGCGCCAGGUCGCUCGCGCUGUCGCGGCGCUGGUGGAACGUUCUGGAAGCUUGAAAACUGCUUGCUGAACAGGUUGUGGCACCAUUAGAAACUGGUUGAUCCAAAGACAGACAGAUGGCUGAAAGUGAUGGAAAAGAAAAAAUAAAAUGGACAACCACCAUCAUUAUUAGUUCAUCACUUAAGAAUUCUGAAGUCGCAAUUGCACUAGAAAAUCGAAGCCACAGAGUUCGAUACUCAGAUUCAGUGGAAAAUGGAUCGAUUAUAUAUUCUCUUUCUGGAGUUGCAUUUUUACUGAUGGAUACUAAAGAAUGCUUUACAUCAACUGAAGAAAUAUUUCUAGCCAAAAUUACGAAGUUUAUUAACACUCACCAGAAUAGCUUUUUGGUUCUGUGUGCUGCCCUCCAUGGGCUGGAGGAAUGGAAAUUGAUGUUCAGGAUUCAGCAGAGAUUCCUGGGUAGUAACUUACGGAUACUUCCAGUACAUAACACAGUAAAUGCCAUUAAUCUUAUGUGCACUGUAGCUAAGGUCACCUCCAAACCACAUAUAGAUAGUAUUUGCUACAAAAUGACAACAACUAAAGCUUACAUCAUUGAGCAAAGUCCUGUUUGGAAAACACUUCAAAAGAUAAACCUGAAUAGUGAUUCAUUUUACUCAAAAUAGAGUAUCAGUUAUAAAAGUUUUUAGAAUAU